AUGGCACCAGAAUCAUUGAGUGGUCGUGGUUCAUACUCCCAGGCAACGGACUAUUACGAAUCUGCAAAGGCCAUCGUCCAGAAAUUACCAAAGACACUCCGCCCUUUUAUCAAGAAAUGUUGGCACUCUGAUCCCACACAACGACCAACUGCCGAACAAAUACUCAAGUUGACUAACAAGAAUAAAAAAGAAGCGAAACCGCCACAUCCUGGGCUAUUUACACAACAAACGGCAAGUUUUAUUCGUAAUGUAAUUUUGGUUCAUUUUAGAAUUGUCUUCUAUGGAUCUUGA